UUUCAUGUCUCAGAAAGACCUCGUUGACUCUUUAGGUUUUUAUCUCAAUCAAGUUGAAGGCGCUAUUUCUAUAUUUACUAAAAGUCUCGAUGAAAUAUUCCAACCAGGUUUUCAUAGUGUGCUCCUAACCAAUUAUAUGUUUGAUCUGUCUUGGUUAUUUCAACGAGUCCCAAUACUUUUAACUGUGGAGAGGUUGCUCAUAGUUCACGGUGAUGAACAAGUGUACCAACCAUUUUCGCCAUAUCAUUUCAUAACUUUCCACAAGCCUCGUUUACCUUUCCCCUAUGGGACUCACCACACCAAGCUCAUCAUACUUUUUUAUCCUACCAAAGUUAGGUUUGUAUUAACAACUGCUAAUAUGAUACAAAGUGACUGGGAGUACAAAACUCAAGGCAUGUUUCUCAAAGACUUUCCUCAAAAAACGGGAGAGUUGAAAUCCUGUCCUUUCUUAGAGACUAUGGAUGACUACCUUUCAGCCCUUGGUGAGCCCCUUCGUUAUUAUCGUUCCUUACUUUGCCAAUAUGAUUUUUCCAAAGCUGGUGUGGUACUUAUUCCAAGUGUUCCAGGAUAUCAUGGAGGAAGAAACUUGGACAAAUAUGGACAUCGGUCUCUUCAUAGCAACAUUAGCCAGUAUUGUUGUAUUUCAGAUGAGCAAAGGAUAAGACGAAAGACCACUCAUUCCACAAUUCGGUUACUAUUACAAUGUUCAAGUAUGGGUAGUAUUUCUGAAAAGUGGUUAAAGCAAGAACUUUUUCAUUCCAUGGUAAGUAGUUGUUGGAAACAAGAGGAUUGGCAAUAUUGUUUUGAAUGGGAUCUCAUAUGGCCAAGUGUACAACAAGUAAGGAAUUCCAUUCAAGGCUAUGCAUCUGGUGCUGCUUUUCCAUGGACCAAAAAGAACUAUCGGUCUUUUCAAAGUUCUCAUUUGUGUUUAUGGAAUGCUUACUUCUUUAGAAGAAAUGCAUGGUUACCCCAUAUGAAGAGUUACAUGGCUUAUGAAGAAAGUGGAAAUAUUUUCUGGUUUCUAUUAACAUCCGCUAAUUUAUCCACUGCUGCGUGGGGACGUCUCGUACGCAAUCAAUCGCAACUGUUUAUUCGCUCCUAUGAGUUGGGAGUCUUAUGGACACCUAUGCUUUGUUCCUAUACUUGUCCGAUGGAUAAUGUUAUUCAACUGACGACUCCUCAACAUAUCACAUCUUAUUAUCCACGAGAGAAGAACAACAACAUUCUAUUCUGUUUGCCUUUGCCUUUUCAACUUCCUCCUCAACACUACGAUUCAAAUGACUCGCCAUGGCUAUGGGAUGCUAUCUACAAGUCUCCGGAUAGAUUAGGAAAUGUAUGGCCAUUGGGAUGGAAUGUCGAAUGAUAAACGACACUUUGUCGACACUCCGAUCGAAAUAAAUUUUCUUCUAGUUGU